AUGUGUUACGGCGCCACCUGCCCAACUUGCUCGAAGAAAUCUUGGCGAGGGUGCGGAAGCCACAUUCCCUCGGCCCUCGCUGGCGUCCCCGAGGACCAGUGGUGCAGCUGCGAGCCGCGAGUCACCAUCGACGGGAAGUCGUAUCCUUCAGCCGCCAAGUUCGGGGUCUCUGCGCCGUCCUGGCUCAAGAACCUGGUUGGCGGCGGCGGGGCUGAGAAGAAGGACGUAACCAGCAGGAGUGGUGUAAAAUACGUCAUGUAUUUGACUGUUGGAAAUUGCCUAUCUAGUCCUUUCCGUGCUUCAUGCUACAUAUGUGCAGGGAUUCUCAUGGACGGCGACUCAAUUGUACAGACCAUGUUUUUGAGCAGUAGAUCUUGGGCCAUGAUCCUCCUAUCGCCCCUCUUUCUCUUAUCUUGCUCAGCUCUGUUCCUAACCAUCCAUCUCCUGAGGUGCCUUCGGUCCCCCCUCAACAAAGUCCCGGGGCCGUUGAUCGCCAGGUAUUCCUCUUGGAUCCUGAAAUGGCACGAACUUCAUGCCAACAGGACAAGAUACGUCCACGGCCUGCACCUGAAAUACGGCCCGGUCGUCCGGCUCGCCCCAGGCGAAGUCGCCUUCGCUUCUGGCCGGGCCGUGAAGGAAAUUUACUGUUCAGGAGGCAGUGGUUAUGACAAGACCGAGUUCUAUGACUUGUUCAAGGUUUACCAACGCAGGACCAUGUUCACCAUGUUGAACAAGGAUCAGCACGCUAGAAGAAGGAGAGUCCUGGCCGAUAGGUAUGCCAACAGCAACGUCGUCCGCCAGCCUUCUCUUGCUGGCAUUGCCGAGAGAGCCAGCAACUUUGUCAAACUCUGUACCGACUCCAGAGGCGGCAGUCUCGAUCUAUAUUCGGACGAGACUAUCAUGCGUGAACUUGCAUUUGAUAGUAGUUUGCAGAACCGCCUCGUCCAGUACUAUAGCCCCUUCCUACACAACCUAAUCGCUCGGGUUUUGUACCUGUUUGCGAAACCUCGAGAGACCCCGUUAGCAGACCAUUUCGUCCUGGAUACAAGCGCCAAAUCAGGAUCUGACUCCUUCACGCUGCUGAGCCGUCUCCACGAAAAGUCCAGCGAGCUCGACAGCUGGGAUGUUGCCGCCGAGUGCCUCGACCAUAUGGCCGCGGGAAUCGACACCACUGGUGACGGCCUGUGCUUCCUCAUGUGGGAGCUAUCGAAGCCGUCGUCGCUCCAUAUCCAGCGGAGGCUACAGCAGGAGCUCCUCGAUAAUCCCGACGCGCCGUUCGACGAGCUCACGUAUCUCGAUGCUGUUGUCAAGGAAGGGCUCCGCUGCUUCCCCCCGAUUCCCAUGUCUCUUCCACGUUAUGUCCCGUGUGGGGGACGCACCAUCGAUGGUUUCUAUCUCCCCGAGGGAACAAUAGCCAGCUGCCAAGCGUACUCAGUACAUAGAGUCGAGCAGGAUAUCUUCCCUGAGCCAGACACCUUCAACCCUGAUCGAUGGCUAGAGAAGGAAGGCGACGCCGAGAGAAAGAGGCUAUUCUUUGCUUUUGCCAGCGGUGGCAGGGGUUGCGUGGGCAAACACCUCGCUCUAGCUGAGAUGAAGUUAUUGCUACGAGACGUAUAUUCGAGUUUUAGUACGCUGCCGGAUCACUCUAUGACGCCCAGGUCGAUGGAGAUGUCAGACCAGUUGAUAUCGUCUCGGCCCCUAGGCGAGAAAUGUCUGUUGAAGUUCUCUCCUGUCGAAUGA